AUGUCUAAUCCACGUCGCACAAAAGCAUCGAAAAGUCAUAUGCAAAAAAUCCAAUCGAAUAUGACAAAAGUUUCUCGUCAUCCAAAUAAUCGACAUCAUCAUCCAAAUAAAUUAUCAUCAUUGCCAAAAUCACGCAUAAUUCAUAUAAAUAUUCGAUCAAAAAGCAAUAAUCUUCCAAAAGAAAAUGCUCAUCAUCAAGAAAGAUCAAUUAACAAAAAUCAAACUAAACGAUCAAAAGAUUCAGAUGACUCUGAUAUUAUCAAUAAAAUUCAUUCAACACCCUAUGAAUCCCAUCUGACAAAUACUCAAACGAUAAGUAAAUCUCCAGAUAUAUUUACGGUAUCUGAUGAAUAUAUUCGUGAGAACCAUACAGAUCGAAAAGGUGUUACAAAUGAUUAUCAUAGGAUCCAUAAGAAGAAAAAAAAUACACGUUCUUGUAUUAUAUCUUCUGUCGUUGCUUCUUUGAUUCUUGCCAUUGCAAUUAUGGCAAUUCUACUUGGACUUUUCAUCAAACCAAAAUCAAACGAAAAGAGUGUCAAUCCAUGUAUAAGUAGAGUACUCUGGGAUAAUAUAGGUAUUACUUAUGCAGGCAACGGUACACACGGUUCUUCCCUCAAUCAAUUAGAAACACCAAAUGGUAUAUUCAUAGAUUCAACUAAUUCUUUAUACAUUAAUGAUGCUGGAAAUUUUCGUUCACUCAAAUAUUUACCAGAUGCUACAACAGGAAUAUUAAUAGCAGGUGGCACACAGGGAACAGCAUUGAAUCAAUUUUCUUUAACUAUACAAUUUAAUUAUGUUGAUUCCAAUCAGAGUAUUUAUGUUGCUGAUACAAGCAAUCAUCGAGUUAUGCGUUGGGCAAAUGGCGCAUCUGCAGGAGUGCGAGUUGCCGGUGAUGGUACAUUUGGAUAUAAUUUAAAUCAAGUAAGAGAUCCACGUGGUUUAUGGGUCGAUUCGAAUUUCAAUCUUUAUGUUGCGGAAUAUCAAGCUCAUCGUGUAACAAAAUGGGCUCCAGGUGCAACAGUAGGAGUUGUGGUUGCUGGUGGAAAUGGACAAGGUAAAAAUGAAUUAGAAAUAUCUCAUAAAUCUUUUACCUAUUCAUUAAUAGGUUCAACACCAGAUAAACUAUCAAAUCCAAGUGGUUUAGUUUAUGAUGAAGAGAACCAAGAUUUUUAUAUAACUAAUGCUGUUUCAAAUACAGUUAUCAAAUGGCAUAACAAUGCAUUAAAUGGUACUUUUGUUGCUGGAAUUUCUGGUACAUCUGGAUCAUCAGCUAUUCUUUUAUCAAAUCCAAUUGAUUUAAAAUUAGAUCAAUGGAAAAAUAUUUAUGUUCUUGAUAACGGAAAUUCACGUGUUCAAUUAUUUUGUAAUGGUGAUAAAACAGGUAUAACAAUUGUUGGGAAUGGUAGUGUUAGUAGUAAUCUCCAAUCUCCACAUAGUAUAGCAUUAGAUUCACAAUUAAAUUUAUAUGUUUCAGAGAAUACUGGUGCACGUAUUACAAAAUUUGUCAAAUUAUAA